GGCCUGUGAUUGCGGGCCAAUGGCGGCACAGGAAGCGACCACAGAGAGAGUCGUUUGUGUGUGAUGAAUACGCUCUCAUUCAUAACGAAUUUUUUGGAUUCGCAUUUACCUGUUGCAGGGACAAUCGCCAUCCUGCACCCCGGAUAAUAAGGACUCCACGUCGCCGCAGAAACAGCGACUAAGCGUCGUUAUGUAUCGCGGUUCUAGGCCGCACAGAGGCGGCUAUCAUCCGCCGCCGUCGCGUGGUUUCGGGCCCCGUCCUGCACCAGGCCAUCCUCCCGACCGGGCCCAUCACGCAACUCCGGAUCCGUACCGGCGCCCGUCACCGCGGAGGAGAUAUUCACCAUCUGAAGAAUACAGAGGAGGGCGACCUCAGCGAGGCUACGGGAGGUACAGUCCAUCACCUCCUCGUGGUGGACUACCUGUUGAUCACAGUCUGGUCAUAACUGUGGGCAAUGAGCUGACCCAUCCAUCGGGCUACUCAGGGACUGAAGCUCCCUAUGUCCGAGACUAUGCAGCUGGAGAAUCACAGUAUAAUAAGCCCUAUUACUCUCCACGGAAAUCAAGCUAUGAUGGGCACAGCGAUAGAGGUUCGAGGAGGCGCAGUGUUAGUCGCGGCAGGAGCAGGGGGCGGAGUCGCAGUCCCGGCUACGGCCGCAGCAAAAGUCGCCCGCGCAGCCGGAGCAGGAGUCGGAGCUACAGCCGCGGCAGGAGUCCCGAACGAGCGAAGAGCCGAGCUCGUAGCAAGAGCAGAACCCGUGGGAGGAGCUACAGUAGAAGUCGAAGCAGAAGCGGAAGCCGCAGUCGCAGACAGAGUAGGGCCAGGAGCAGAGCACGGAGCAAAAGCCGGCCACGUAGCCGCAGUCGUGAAAGGAGCCGUAGUAGGGGGAGAAGCAGAGGGAGAAGCAGAGGAAGGAGUCGCGCUAGGAGCUGGAGCCGCAGCGGCAGUCGUAGUGGUAGCAGUAGCAGCAGCGGCUCCAGUAGGAGUCGUCGCAGCAGCGUCAACAGGAGAGUCAAAUCAGGUGAUUUUAGACAGGGUGAAGAGGACUUUACUGAGCUGGAGAAGGCCAGAAGACGUAAAGAAAUUCAGGAUAUGCUCGUACAGCCUGCAAAGUCAAUUUUGAAGAAAAGAAUGGAUUCCUCUGAGACAGAUUCUCCCAUGCUCGUGCAGAAUAGUGAUUCCCCUCGUGGAAAUCCAGAUGGUGGUCUUUCACAUGAGGCGGAACAGCUUCUCUGUGCACUUUCCAAAACCAUGGAUCCAGACUUGUUGGCAUCCAUGCUGGGAAAAAGCUCUGAUAGUGGUGUUCUCGAAGAGCUGAUUGGCAAAAUCCAACCGGCCAGAGAGGGUGGAAGUGACUUGCUCUUCCCUCACGAGAAGGGAAGACAGGAGAAAGCAGAUCUCACACAGUUCCUUGGAAUGAUAGCAGAGGUUGCCCAACCACAGAAUGUAAAAAGGAGCCAUCCAGAUAUUGAAGAUGAGGAGAAAUUCCUCUACGGAGACGAAGAGGACGAGGGCGAUGAGGUGAAACCAACAAAUUCCAACUUUCCAGACACAAGUUACCCACAGUCUUGUGAUAUUCAGAGAAGAGAUUCUUACACUUUUGGUCAUACUGGAGAAAAUGUGAUGAGCCAUUUGCAGAGAGACGACAGGCAGAUGGACAGGCGUCGUUCCUCAGCUACACCUGAGGAACAUUCUAAGGAGGAACCACAUGACUUUCCACCUGGAGUUGGGCCACAGGAUGUCAAAGUGAGGAAGGAGGUAGAGGAGUAUGAGAAGAUACAAGAUUUGCUGAAAACAAUUGGCUUGGACUUGGGUGUGGCUGAGAUAAGCAAGAUGGCUGCUAGGACGCAAGCGCGCCUUCACGGUAACACCCCUGUGAAGACGCCAACUCGUCGACAGUUGGAUAGAAAACACCGGAGCCGUAGUAGGAGUUACAGCAGCAGUAGCAGCAGGAGCUCCAGUCGCAGUCGGAGUAGCAGCCGAAGUAGAAGCAGAAGUCGGCGAAGCCGAAGCGGCAGUUUAGAUCACAUUUCAAGUCGCAGUAAGAAAAAGCCAGUUUCCCCAGAACAAAGAUCUCCACGCUCACAUAGUGAGAACAAGAAAGAGUCUCAACCUGCCAUUGCUCAACCAGAAAGCAGCUGGCCUACCACACCCACUGGGGGUCCUGGGACACAGGGGUAUCCCUCCCAACCCAGCCUCCCGCCACUUCCCAUGCCCCCAUACCCACCCCCACGUGGGGUAAUGCCACCUGACUAUCCACCACGUGGUUACGACCCAUAUGGCAAUUAUGUUCCAUAUAUGCCUCCGGGAUGGCCGAUGUACCCACCUCCAGGUAUGCCGGUACCUCCUCCCAGUCCAGUGGAUCCCUACAACCUCCCUAACAUUGAGCGACCCUUUCUUAAAGUCAUCAAAACUGUCUCGAAUGAUAGUAAAGAGAGAGAUCCAAAAGCACCCCCUAAAUCAGAUCCUGUGGUCUCUAAAGCGAUCACCAGUGGCAUUCAGAGGAAAGAAAUGGAAGAUAAGAAUACUGCUAGCCAAAAGCAAAAGGUCAUGGAAGAGCUUGAAAAGCUAAAAAAGGAGAAAGAAGUGCGACACAAGAGGAAAGAAAAUCUCUUAAAGGAUGUGGAGACAUUGAGAAAGCAGCAAGGGGAGCUUCUUCGAAAGAAGCGAAGGGAGAAAGAUGGCCACAAGGACCCUCUCCUCAUCGAGCUCGGUCAGCUACAAGAGGAUGCAAUGGCCCAAAUCUCUAAAUUACGUGCUGAACAGAGAGAGGCAGAUCAAAAACAUGAAGAGCUGGUCAAAGUGGCUCUUAUUCUCGGUAUAGACUACAAAGACUCGAAGAUCUCUGGUGACCAUGGGCAGCAGCCCCUUCAGAGUAAAAAGGAGUCAACCAGAAGCCCAGAGAAAUCAGUGGCCAAAACCAGCACCUCGUACAAUAAGGUAGCCUCCUCGAAAUCAAGAGCGUCUCCUGAAAAAUCCAAGUCACCUCCUCCGUCGAGCAGCCAUUCCCUGGACACUGCUGCCGAGCAGUUCGAGUACUACGAUGCAGGAAACCACUGGUGUAAAAACUGCAAUGUUACCAGUGGUUCAAUGUUUGAUUAUUUCAUGCAUUUGCACAGCAAAACCCACAGGAAGACUCUAGAUCCUUACGACAGACCUUGGGCGAAAUCAGAGAGUGAAAAGAAACCCCCAGCUGGAAAGAGGACUUCAAAGCCAGCCAAAGGUUCUGAGUUCUUGAUCCCUAUAAGGGGAUUCUUCUGCCAGUUAUGUGAAGAAUUUUUUGGGGAUCCCAUUUGUGCUGAGGCCCAUGUCACCUGCCAUAAUCACAAUGAGAAAUACAAGGCAAAAAUGUAUGAAAAUCCCCUCUAUGAGCAAAGGCGGAACCUGGACCGUCAGGCUGGCUUAGAGAGCCAAAAGAGUUCAGAUCACAAACGAAAACGUGAAGACGACGAACAGGAUGAUGCGAAGAAAUCCAAACACAGCAAAGGAAAAUUGUCAAGUAAUGAAGUGGAGACAAAACCACAGUACAGCAAGGAAGAGGAGUAUAAGAAUAUCAAAGAGAGUGAUAAUAAACUCAAGGAGAAAUACAAGAAAGAGGAUAUAGAUAAACAGAAAUACAAGAAGGAGGAUGAUGAGAGAGCCAAAAUAAAGAAGGAAGAGGAUGAGAGAGCUAGGUACAAAAAAGACGAUGAUGAGCGAAACCGCUUUAGAAAAGAAGACGAAUACACAUACAAGUACAGGAAGGAGGAAGGGGAGAGGUCCAGGUAUGAAGAGGACAAAUAUAGAAACAGAGAUGAUGACGAACACUAUCGAUAUAGAGAAGAGGAUGAUAAAUAUAGAUUCAGAAAGGAUGAUGAUAGAGGCCGAUAUAGUAGAGAAGAGGAGAAGCCCAAGUAUGGCAGAGAAGAUGAUAAGAAAUACAAAUACACUCGGGAGGCUGAAGAGAAGAAGUCAAAAUACAAAGAUGAGGACUGGGGGAAGUGGCCGAAAUCAAAGUGGGAUGAUGACCAAGAGAGUAACGGGAAGUAUGAAAAAAAGGAAGAUAAAGCUCAGCACCAGAAGGGCAAGGCUGGUUCUUCCAAAGAUGACAAGGAGAGCAUUGGGAAGUCCAGUGCUAAAGAUGGCAAAUCAGAACCAGAGAAACCCAGUGAACCUCCUAAAAUCUUAUGCGGCCCAAGUCCUGCCUUGCUUGCUAAGCUUCGCAAGAAGAAUGAGGAAGCUGCUGGUCGGCCUGGCUUUGGAAAGUUUGGUAUGAAAAAGCCACAGAAGACGGCACUGGAGAAGGAGGCAGAGAGGAUGGCGGCACAAUUCCUAAAGGAAGAGGAGGAGAGUAUGCCUGCUGAGGAUGCUGAGCUAGAUCCUUUUACCAAGUCUAUAGCUGCUGCAAAAUCCAUUGCUAUCAAAUUGACAGGAAAGGCUGUGCUGCCCCCCUCAGGUGAAUGGCUAGCAUACAACGAAAAUAAAACUAAUCCUAGUUUACCUCCUCCCACAUCUCCCAUGGUUAUUAGGAAGUCUUUCACAGGUGUGCAAAAUAAACCGACACCAUCUGCCGACAAAUCUCCUGCACCUGUGACAGGAGCUCUAAAGGGCCCAGCGUUGUCAGCAGACCUCAUCUCUAAGGCAUUUAGUGGAGAAGAGGUGCAGUUGAAACAAACAAAGGACACCCCUGCAAACCCUGUAGAUAUCUUCAACAUACCUGCACCACUUCAGUCUCCCACUGCAGCGCCAAAAAUGGCAAUUUCCAGCCAGGUGAAACCUGUUACUCCCAGUCCAUGUGUUCGAGCCACUCUCGAGUCUGAUGUGGCUGCUCCCGGAGUGCCUGUGGAGGAGCAGAAUCUCACCGUAUUUCUUCGUCCUCCUCCUCAGCUUUCUUCUAAUGCCAGAGAACCACCCCUCAAAACUGUAAAGCCAAAGACAACUCUUGCAACAGGAAAAGCAAAAGAUUUGUUUGACAUUUUCUACAGUGGCAGUGCUGCAGUUAAAACAGCAGUCAGUGCCAGUCUUGGCGACAAACAAGACUCUAGAUUUGCUCUUCGAGACAGUGGCUCAACCUGCAAAGAGUCCAACAGUAAAGGCAGUGAUGUUUGUCAGAGCAAAGAACCUCUCAAGAACAAGGACUCAAAUGUUGUCUUGAGAGAAGAACCUCUGAAGAACAAGGACUCAAAUGUUGUCUUGAGAGAAGAACCUCUGAAGAAUGAGGAGUCAGGAGUUUCCCAAAAAUUACUCCCCAGGAACGAGGACUCUGAAGUUUCCCAGAGCGAAGAACCCAUGAACAGUGAGGACUCAAAUGUUGUCCAGAGAGAUAAGUCUCCCAGGAGCGAGGACUCAGUUACCCAGAUAAAAGACUCCCUUAAGGAUGAGGACACAAACGUUGCCCAGAUAGAAGACUCUCCCAAAAAUGAGGACUCAAAUAUUGCCCGGAUACAAGCCUCUCCCAGGUGUGAUGACUCAAAUGUUGCCCAGAUAGAAGACUCUCCCAAAAAUGAGGACUCAGAUGUUGCCCAGAUAGAAAACUCUCCCAAGAAUGAGGAAUCAAAUGUUGCCCAGAUAGAACACUCCCCCAAGAAUGAGGACUCAGAAUUUGCUCAGAGCGACGAACCCCACAGAAAUGAGGACUCAGAAGUUUCCCAGACAGACGAACCCCCCAAGAAUGAGGUCUCGAUUGUUGCCCAAAGAGAAGACUCACCCAAGAACGAGGUCUCAGAAUUUGAACAAGCCUUUGAGGAUGCCAUCUUAAAACCUGAGCUUCCAAAUGAAGAUAACGCAAAAGAGGAAGGUUUUGUUGAUCAACAAGUUCUUAAAUCUAUUGAAAUCUCUGUGGGGGAUAUAACUGUGAUGGAAGUUGAUAGUCAGGAUGCAGGGCAGACAAAUAAUGGAGAGGAAAACCCUCUGGAAUCUGAGGAGCCUAUGUCAUUCUCCCCCAUUCCUGGUUCUUUCACUGAGCAACUGAACUUGGACACAUUUGAAUUCAAUUUCGAGCCUUUGUAAAGGACCUUCCAAGAGUAGGUUUAGGGAUGUACAUGUUACCUCUGAAUGUAAAUAAGUGAUUUUGAACUAUUCUUUGUAUUUGCUUUAUCCAGUUAGAAUGUUUCAUGUCUAUUCUUAACCUUUUGGCAGGUAAUGCCAGUGAAAACGUGGACUGAAAAGCAUUCAUUCUGAAGUGGGUGCUGGGGAAGGAAUCCCUCUAAGAGAAUGAAAACUUUCAUCAAGUAAUGAACCCUUAAUAUGUGUAAAAGUUUCUCUGUCUUGUCAAAAGCACCUGGUUGUUGAGCUACUUGUUUCCUUAUUUUGUUUCCAGCAGAAACCAUUCCUUUUUCCCAAGGUAACGUAAAACAUACAAUGCAUAUGAUGUGUAUCAAACAUUUACGUCUGUAAAGCCAUUUGCUGUGUUCGUUCCAUUUAAAUAAAUGAGGAUAUUUUAAUGCAGGAGCCAGAAAGAUCCAGGCUCAGAGAAGAGAAAUGGCGUGGAGUUCAUGCUUCAAGGACAUAUGCGUUCACAACUCUGGCCAGAAAAUGUCACGCUUGGCCUCUGUAGUUUUUAUUACACUGUACUCUGUAUUGAUGACUUUUCUUUCCAGUUUCAGUUUUUGUUGUUGUUAUAAUGUUCAAAUUGCUUCCAUGCUACUUAAGCAUCUACAGAUAGUUGGUGUAAUUGCACAAGUUCUGUGCUAGCUCAAAUAAAUCACAGCAACCCUUCCUGUC